GCUUUGUCGCCCCGCCCAGUCUCCUGGACCAGCAGAGGCCUUGGGCUCUGCUGCAGCCUCAGGGAUUGGAGAUCACAACAAAGUGGUGUGGUGUGGGCCGGAAGGUGAAGUCCUGCAGCUGGACCUGGGGGAGCAGCGGGAAAUGCAGGAGUUCCCUCAGAAUAUCCACACAUCUCCCCAGCCCACCAAUGCAGAGGAAAUUGAUUUCACGACUGGAGAUGCAGGGGCUUACAGCACUUCUCCUAUGCAGUGCUCAGCCCUGCAUAAAAAUAGCUUCCUGGUGCUUAAAGGGGAACCAAGCAAAGUCAUAGAGAUGUCAACUUCCAAGACUGGGAAGCAUGGUCAUGCCAAGGUACGCCUUGUUAGAAUUGACAUUUUCACUGGCAGAAAACAUGAAGACAUCUGUCCCUCUACUCACAACAUGGAUGUUCCAAAUAUUAAGAGAAAUGAUUAUCAAGGUGAAGUUCCCUCCUUUUUGAGGUUUCCAUUCAUUAUCCUUUGAAGGACUAGAUUUGUGGAAAGGAGUAAGAACAAGUUUAAGAUAAAAUGUAUCAUCCCACUGGAUAACCUGUGGGCUGUGGAUAAUGUGGACCUAGUCAGAAAACAAGCAAACCUGUCCAGCAAGAACCUUUUCCUGCCCACUGGAAAUUUUUUGGCCACCUUUCUGUAAGAGCAACACUCUGGACCAGUAUUCACAGGAAGAUAGCUGUAGAAAUUGUUGGGCAACUUAAUGCUUCCUAAUUCAC